AUGAUGGCAACGACGACCGCGGCCCAAGACGAAUACAACGACUUUAUCGCCAAGAACAACAAUCGUGACGCCCCGCAUCCCGAGGAUCGUGACAGUCUCGAUCACUGCUCCCAGGACGAACUCGACGAGGAGACGCUUUAUCGCAGCUCCAGAAUAGACGCAGCCAUGCGAGCGCCUACCAGUGCCUCGGAGCUCAAGCUCCCCCCGGCUUCAUUCGACAGCGGCCGCUCGACGGGCGUCAAAGGCGUCAUUGCCGAUGCCAGGAGCUUCGAGACCGCACGCAAGUCGAAAUGGACCGACAGAGUCAGGUCGGCUCGGCGGAGCAUCUUGGGGAUGGGCAUGGCACACUCCAGCGGGGGCAAAAGCGAAAGCGAGACCGACUCAGACGUCCCCAGCGGUGAGGCCUCUGACGAAGAGACCUUCCUGCAACAAUGGCGGGAGACGCGGCGGAGAGAACUCGAGAGCGAGGCCAACAGAGCCGUCCGCACCCGACGCACCAGCCCGAGUGUGCGGGUGUACGGUCGAUUGGACGUGGUGGAUGCCUCAGGAUACCUCGACGCAAUCGAGACGGUCAGUCGGGAGACCAAGGUAGUCGUAUUCGUCUACGACCACGAGUGCGACGUCUCUGCCACCGUGGAGGCCGCUCUCUUACCCCUCGUCAAGGCAAACAGCACCAUUCACUUCGUCAAGGUCCACUGGGAGGACAUUGAGUUCGACAAUGCUGCCGUGCCUGCCCUGCUCGCAUAUCACAACCAAGGAGAUCUGUUUGCAAAUCUGACUGGCAUUAUCGAGAUGAUGCCUGACGAGGACACAUUCGGCACAAACGCACUCAAACAGUUGUUGGAGAAGCAUAAGGUCUUAUGA